UGCUCAACACACAUGCACAUUUGUGAGUUCCUUACAAAUUUUCCGCAAUAAUUUGUGAGUUGUUAUCAUCAGCUUUAAGUCAACUCAUUCUUUUUUUUUUUUUUUUAAUGUGAAGAAUCUCUAGUUGCAUUGUUGCUAUUUACAAUUUCUGAAUUUGUGAUUAUUUGGUUCCACGAUAUAUGAUGGUGUGUAGAGUUUUUGCAAUUUUCUUUGGGAAUUGUCUCUGUUUGCUGCUUCUACUGUCUAGCUUGGCCGAUGCAAAUCAGGCCAACAUUGAUUGCUUGAAGACCUUUAAAUCUCAAGUUGAGGAUCCAAAUGGGUAUUUGUCAACUUGGGAUUUUGGGAACCAGACUGCACAAGGUUUCAUCUGCAAGUUCGCUGGUGUGACUUGUUGGCACGAUGAUGAGAAUAGGGUUUUCAGUAUUAAGAUCUCUGGUUUUGGUCUCAGAGGAGUGUUUCCUCAGGGAUUUAAGCUAUGUUCUGAUCUGACUGGUCUAGAUCUUUCUAGAAACAACUUCUCUGGGCCUUUGCCAUCCAACAUUUCCUUUCUUCAGCUUCAACAUAACCAGUUCACGGGUACUCUUCCUCCCCAGCUAGCGCAACUUAGACGGCUCAAAACGUUCUCAGUGGCUGACAAUCGUCUUGAAGGUCCAAUCCCAAAGUUCAACAGUGCCAUCAUUACCUCAGAGAGUUUUGCUAAUAACCUGAAUCUGUGUGGUAAGCCUCUGGAUAAUUGUAAGAUGACUUCUACCAACUCUCAUAGUAAAGUUGUUAUUUUAGCGGCACUAGGUGGAUUUACCGUGACAGCAUUUGUCGUUGGAAUUGUUCUGGGAUUCUUUUGUUCUACUAUUUCUGUAGAGCAGCUAUUAUUCAGAAAAAGCCGACAAAACCGAUAAAUGGUCUUGUAAGAAAUGACAUCCACAACUGUUUAGCUCUGAACCAUUACAUAUUUUCAAAUUUGUUCAAAGUAGUUAACAAAAGCUUAUA